GAGGAUUUUUUGGCAAAUUCUUUACAAGAAGCUAAAUAUUUAUUUCUUAGAUAAAAUAAAAACACACAAAAAAAAAGCAUUGAUCCAAAAAAAAAUGAAAACUCUCUCUCUCCAUUGUAUAAGCAUAAUAAUCAAUUCUCGCACUAGUGUCUCCUCAGUGCGUGUUUCCUAAAAGUUUUAGUUUUUUCAUCCUUGGUUUUGAGCUAAUCGCAGGGCUUAGUAACAUCGAUCGAGGAGAAUUUAUGAGCACGAGAUCUCGAUUCCCCCAUACACUGAAUACACUAACGUUCGAAGCCGGGGCACAAUGCAAAUGAAUCCUAUCUCGAAGCUGGCUCUCGUGGUGUUAAUACUUCUCUGCUCAGUGAUUGUCUCCUUUGGUGAGCUUGACUUUGAUCACUGCGAAAGAAUUGUCAAAAAAUGGGUGGAUGCUUCUUCUUCUAGUGAAGAACAACAUAAUAACAAAGACAAACGCUCGCUUCAGGAUCUGCUCUUCUUUCUCCAUGUUCCUCGAACUGGUGGCAGAACCUACUAUAACUGUUUCUUGAGGAAGUUGUAUGAUAACGCCGAGGAAUGUCCUCGUUCUUACGACAAGCUCAGGUUCAAUCCAAGGAAGGAGAAGUGCAAGUUGUUGGCGACGCAUGAUGACUAUAGUUUGAUGGAAAUGCUACCGAGGGAUAAAACUUCAGUGAUGACAAUAGUCCGUGAUCCCGUUGCACGUGUGCUGAGCACUUACGAGUUUUCAGUAGAGGUGGCAGCUAGGUUCUUGGUGCAUCCCAAUUUAACUUCUGCUGCAAGGAUGGCUAGCCGCAUCCGCAAGAAGAAUGUUAUAAGCACGCUUGACAUAUGGCCUUGGAAGUACUUAGUUCCAUGGAUGAGAGAAGACCUCUUUGCCCGGAGAGAUGCAAGAAAAGUUAAGGGCAUGGUCAUCAUUGAGGAUGAUAACCCUUAUGACAUGGAGGAGAUGCUUAUGCCGCUGCACACGUAUCUUGAUACCCCUACUGCUCAUGACAUAAUCCACAAUGGAGCAACGUUUCAGAUUGCAGGAUUGACAAAUAAUUCCCAUUUACCAGAAGCACACGAGGUUAGGCAUUGUGUGCAGAAGUAUAAAAGCCUCGGUGAGCUUGUUCUCCAAGUCGCCAAGACAAGAUUGGAUAGCAUGUUGUAUGUUGGACUGACAGAGGAGCAUAGAGAAUCUGCAUCGCUUUUUGCUAAUGUAGUGGGUUCCCAGGUGCUUUCCCAAGUGGUUGCGUCAAACUUAACUGCAAAAAACAAAAAUACUAAAUCAGAAAGGGAUACAGUUUCAGAAUCAGGGUCAGAUAAGAGUGACAUUCAGAAUGGUACAUCUGAAGUUGCAUCUGACAAGAUAGAAGCUAAGAGUGGGAAUAUGACGGUGAAAACUCUAAUGGAAAUCUAUGAAGGCUGCAGUACUCAUCUACGGAAGUCCCAAGGAACCAGACGUGUCAACUCCUUGAAGAGAAUCUCGCCAGCAAAUUUCACCACAGAGACGCGUACAAGAGUUCCUAGAGAGGUGAUUCAGCAGAUCAAAACGCUUAACAAUCUAGAUGUGGAGCUUUACAAGUAUGCAAAAGAAAUCUUUGUCAAAGAACAUGAACUUGUGUCAAAGAAGAUCAUCGUUUCAACAUCUAAGAGAAGCAUUGUUGAUCUGCAGAAGGUAUUUGGAGAAAUGGAUGAUGAGAAGCUGUGGACAGUGGCAUUGAUGCUUUUACUGUUCUUCCUUUUCUUUCUAUUUGUACAUGCUAGAAGAAGAAGAACCUCUAAGGUUAAGAUUUGAUUAUCCUCACUUUCUUUGGGGCCAAAUUAGGCAAUUGGGAGAAGAUUUUGGGUCUAAUUGUAAUAUUCUUAAAGCUUUGGGUCCAGUUGUAAUAUUCUCUUGUUUUCUUUUCUACUUCUCGUGGUAGAGAAAAAGUUUUGGGCCUUA